UCUGCAGCUUGCUGUCUUUUCUAAGCAGCGGCUCUAAUGGAGAAGAUAAUAAAGUGAUUAAUACAGAAUUCAAGUUUGACGUUUGGUUGAGCCUUAUAUUCGGUCCUUUCGCGUGACCUAUUUGUCCGCUCUCAUGAAGGCGUCGACAUUGGAACAACACAUGUCUAGAAAACAGACGACGAAGAUCUGUCUCAAGAACUGAAGAACUGUGAUUUUAAUCUUCCACAUCAAUAAGGAUUAUCAUGGGUAACAAGCAGUCAUUCAACUGCUGCUACUACAGUGGCAGUCCUCAACCUCAACGAAAAGUCAAUGAUGUCUCUGAGCGAAGAGUCCUGGAAUCCAAUGAGCCUGGCAGGGCUGAAAGUACAGCUAAUCUUCAACACAUCAGUGAAAGAGAGCCAGAAGACUGGCAAUCUGAUCCUUCGCUUCACCCCAAAGCUGAAACAAUAUUCAUGGAGAGGUCAAGAGCUGCUAUUCAUGAGGGACUUGAGAGGAGGAGAAGUCAACUUCAGCUCCACGAUAAAGGCACCUUGAAGAAAUCCAAUUCCUGCUCAACCAUCUUUGUAGAUGAGAGCACAGUCUGCCAGCCUAAUUUGAAGAACACUAUCAAGUGUGUAACACUAGCCAUCUACUACCACAUUAAAAACCGGCAAUCCGAGCGACAGAUGGACAUUUUUGAUGAGAAACUACACCCAUUAUCAAAGGACGGCGUAUCUAAUGAUUAUAGCCGGUAUAACCCCGAUCACCGCCAAGUCUACAAGUUUGUCAGAACGUUAUUCAACGCUGCUCAACUGACUGCCGAGUGUGCCAUCAUCACCCUGAUUUAUUUGGAAAGGCUAUUGACUUAUGCUGAAAUCGACAUUACCCCUGGAAAUUGGAAAAGAGUGGUGCUGGGCGCCAUUCUAUUAGCUUCCAAAGUAUGGGAUGAUCAAGCAGUUUGGAAUGUUGACUAUUGCCAAAUCCUCAAAGAUAUCACAGUGGAAGAUAUGAACGAGUUGGAGCGCCACUUUUUGGAAAUGCUUCAGUUCAACAUCAAUAUUCCCUCAAGCGUUUACGCCAAAUAUUAUUUUGACCUGAGGACGCUUGCCGAAGCGAAUGAAAUGAAUUUCCCUGCAGAGCCUUUAACCAAAGAAAAGGCAACCAAGCUGGAGGCCAUGUCGCGGGUCUGCGAGGAUAAAUUGGCAGCGGAAAUUUUGCGAGCUAAUAUGAAGCGCUCAGCCAGUAUGGACAACGUCAACAUUUCACGCAGGAGCAUAGCAAUCCUGUCGUAAACGAACCUUCUUGUAAUCGUAACGCAUCCUCUUUUGCACUCCUGACAUCCAAGAUCCCCACUUCCCCCCGUUUACAAUCACUCCUCCCCUCCAAAAAAAAUUGUGGCUGGCCUUCUCCCUUUCUUUUCCAACUCACGUUAGCUUCUUUCCGUUUCCUCAAAAGUGCCUCAUGACACACUCAUGACUUGUGAAGAUCCUUUAUCCUAUUGAUUAUUUUCCACAAGGGAAAGAUUACUUAAUCAAGUACGAUUCUAUUUUUUUCUCGUCUUCCUGCCUCAAUUUUUCUUUUUUUAUUAUUAUUAUAAUUUUUUUUUAAUCCCAUUGCAUGCUUAAAAUGAUUUAGCUCUCCUAGUCAGUCGACGUAGAAUUCGAGGAAGAAAAACACCAGGCGUUACGCCACAUAACUCUCUCCCGAAAACAAAAACGCCAUUUAAAAAACUAAAAAAAAAGAAGAACAGGGGCAAUGUAAGGAAUACGAGAGAGAAAAAAAUGACUUAACCAAUGUAAAUUUUCUUUACUCCAACUCCUUGUUCUACAAACCGAAAUAAUUAUCACCCAAUUUUUUUUUUUCCUAUCGUUUUCCUUUUUUUUUUUUUAUUUCUUUUUUGCUUCCCCCUAUAUUUUUCCCAGAAAAAAAAGUGUUGCGGUUUCAUCCGCUUGUUUUUCCUUUAUUUUUUUCGGUUUACUCUUCCGGUACACUUCACAUGUGAUGAUGCCGCUGAUGGACAAUUAAUGAUAAUAAAGACAUGUCGUAAAA